AUUGUGGGCGGCGGGCGGAGCGGGGACAGGUGGCCGCGUGUGUAUGUUUCCGUCUCUGUGUCCGGGCUCGAGCUCGAGCAGCAUUACUCCAGUGAGCCAGAGUACUUUCCGAGGUGGGAACAACGACGACGACGAUAAUGAUGAAGACCAAGCAAACCUGGUUCCUGGCGCUGAUGUGCGCGCUGUUGGCUUUCGCUUUUGUCAGAGCAGAAGACGAAACGGUGGAGGAAGAUCUUGGGAAAAGUAGGGAUGGUUCACGAACUGACGAUGAAAUUGUUAAAAGGGAGGAAGAGGCUAUUCAGUUAGAUGGAUUGAAUCCGGCUCAAGUUAAAGAAAUUAGGGAAAAGGCAGAAAAACAUAUGUUCCAAGCAGAGGUGAACAGAAUGAUGAAGUUGAUCAUUAAUUCACUAUACAAAAACAAAGAGAUAUUUUUGCGUGAACUUAUUUCUAAUGCCUCUGAUGCUUUGGACAAGAUCAGAUUGAUUUCGCUAACAAAUGAUACGGCAUUACAUGCCACAGAAGAGAUGACUAUCAAGAUAAAGGCUGACAAAGAGAAGAACAUGCUUCAUGUCACAGAUACAGGUAUUGGCAUGACUAAAAUGGACCUGAUUAAAAACCUGGGUACAAUAGCAAAAUCUGGAACAAGUGAAUUCUUAAAUAAGCUAACGGAGAUGCAAACUGAAGAUCAAACCACCUCCGAAUUGAUUGGUCAGUUUGGUGUUGGAUUCUACUCUGCUUUCUUGGUGGCCGAUAAAGUUAUUGUCACAUCCAAGCACAAUAAUGGUACACAGCAUAUCUGGGAGUCUGACUCCAAUGAGUUCUCCAUAAUAGAGGAUCCUCGAGGAAAUACUCUGGGACGUGGUACUACUAUCACGUUAGUCUUGAAAGAGGAGGCAUCUGACUACCUUGAACUGGAAACCAUCAAAAAUCUAGUGAAGAAGUACUCUCAAUUCAUCAACUUCCCAAUCUAUAUCUGGAGCAGUAAGACAGAAACUGUGGAGGAACCAAUGGAUGAAGAGGAAGCCAAGGAGAAGGAAGAAAAGGAAACCGAUAGUGAUGAUGAGGCAGCAGUUGAAGAAGAAAGUGAAGAAAAAGAGAAAACAAAGAAGGUUGAGAAGACUGUCUGGGAUUGGGAGCUGUUGAAUGACAUCAAACCCAUCUGGCAAAGACCAACUAAAGAAAUAGAAGAGGAUGAAUACACUGCCUUCUACAAGACCUUUUCUAAGGACACAGAUGAUCCAGUUGCUCAUAUCCACUUUACUGCUGAAGGAGAAGUAACAUUUAAAUCUAUUUUGUUUGUGCCUAAAACUGCACCCCGUGGUUUAUUUGAUGAAUAUGGAUCCAAAAAAUCUGACUACAUUAAGCUAUUUGUUCGACGAGUGUUCAUCACAGACGACUUCCAUGAUAUGAUGCCAAAGUAUUUGAAUUUCAUCAAGGGUGUAGUGGACUCUGAUGAUCUGCCUUUGAAUGUCUCCCGUGAAACUCUGCAGCAGCAUAAAUUGCUAAAGGUAAUUAGAAAGAAACUUGUGCGUAAGACCCUAGAUAUGAUCAAGAAGAUUGCAGAAGAAAAAUAUGAAGAAACCUUCUGGAAGGAAUUUGGGACCAAUAUCAAGUUGGGUGUUAUCGAGGAUCACUCCAAUAGAACACGUUUGGCUAAAUUGCUACGCUUCCAAUCUUCGCACCAUGAAUCCAAGCAGUCCAGUUUAGAACAGUACCUGGAAAGAAUGAAAGAGAAACAAGACAAGAUCUACUUCAUGGCUGGAGCAAAUAGAAAAGAGGUUGAAUCUUCUCCCUUUGUUGAAAGACUGUUGAAGAAGGGAUAUGAAGUUCUCUAUCUUACAGAGCCUGUUGAUGAAUACUGUAUCCAAGCACUACCUGAAUUUGAUGGAAAGAGAUUCCAGAAUAUUGCCAAAGAAGGAUUGAAAUUUGAUGAAAGUGAAAAGGGAAAAGAAAGGCAUGAAGCAAUGGAGAAGGAAUACGAGCCACUCUUGACUUGGCUGAAAGACAAAGCCCUGAAAGAUAAGAUUGAAAAGGCUGUCCUGUCCCAGCGUCUCACUGAUUCGCCAUGUGCUCUGGUGGCCAGUCAGUAUGGAUGGUCUGGUAAUAUGGAGAGAAUCAUGAAGGCCCAGGCUUACCAGACUGGAAAAGAUAUCUCCACAAAUUACUAUUCUGGCCAAAAGAAGACGUUUGAACUUAAUCCAAGACAUCCUUUGAUCAAGGAAAUGCUGAAUCGAGUUAAGGAUAUUGAAGAUGAUAUGACUGCAACAGAUCUUGCUGUAGUGUUGUUUGAGACGGCCACGCUACGUUCUGGAUACCAAUUACCAGAUACUAAAGAAUAUGGUGAUAGAAUUGAAAGGAUGCUUCGUCUAAGUAUGAAUAUAGAUCUCAAUGCUCAGGUUGAAGAAUAUGAAGAAAUUGCAGAUGAUGAACAAGAGGAGGGGAAAGAUGAUGAGGCGAAGGAAGAGGAUGCAGAGGAAAGUGAAGAAACUGAUGAAACAGAAGAACAGACAGAGGAGUCCACAGAUGUGAAAGAUGAAUUAUAAGGGAUUAAUACUGCACUUAAUCUGCUUUGAUGUACAGUACUCGGGAUAUGAAACCAUUGUGCAGAAUGUUGAAGAACAAACAAUUCAUUUUCGUCGCAAAAAGGUAACGGUCUGGGAGGGCAAAGGAGUUUUGUAUGUUAUUUACAUUCCUUGUGGAAGUGAAAUGACUGUAAAUUUGUAAUAUUUAAAAUGACAAUUUCUUGUGAAACGUCAUGUAAACCAUAAUAAAACUUUUCCACAAACUU